CUCAUCGCCCGAGGAAUGCCCUUUCUGGGGAAUUUAAAGGGUCCGGAGAGCCCCCCAGAGCUCACACUCGCUGAGCGUUCGGUCCGAGCUGUCCACUGGGCUGUUGGUGAGUACGCCGGUAUUAUGCCAAACCUGGGCGGCGGAGCGAAGUGUGCUGCGUGUGAGCGGACCGUGUACCACGCCGAGGAGAUCCAGUGUAAUGGCAGAAGCUUCCACAAGCCGUGUUUCGUGUGCAUGGCUUGCAGGAAAGCGCUGGACAGCACCACCGUAGCAGCCCACGAGUCUGAAAUCUACUGCAAGUCCUGCUACGGAAGGAAGUACGGACCCAAAGGGUACGGCCACGGGCAGGGAGCCGGGUGUCUGAGUACGGACACGGGCGAGCGCUUCGGCAUCGAGGUGGCACAAACCCACCCGGUUCGUGGAUCCCCCACAACCACCCAUUCUUCCAAGUUUUCACAAAAGUUUGGAGCCACAGAGAAAUGCCCCAGAUGUGGCAAAUCCGUGUAUGCUGCAGAGAAAGUGAUGGGAGGUGGAAGGCCCUGGCAUAAAACUUGCUUCCGCUGCGCGUUUUGCGGUAAAAGCCUCGAUUCCACGACCGUGACCGAGAAGGACGGAGAAAUUUACUGCAAAGUUUGCUACGCUAAGAAUUUUGGGCCGAAGGGCAUCGGAUUCGGGGGCCUCACGCAAGUGGAGCAGAGAGAAGGAUGAGCGGCCGGCGCCGGGUCCCGUGACGACGUCAGCCAUGUUUUUUUCUCCUGAGAUCACCGGUUAGCGCGUAACGUAUAAAUUAUUUCCUCCUGGAACGGUGGAGUCUGGAAUCGGUAGCCAUCGCUCUUGGUACGGCAGGCUCCAUUGUGCUAUGCCGUCAUUGGCCAUGAUGUGUCUGCAUGCGCAGCCCGUGUGUGAGAAGCUACACAAAAUAAAAAAGUGUGAUAGAAUUCUA